UUCGAUCGACUGAUAGCGAUAAUCUUCUGCGGCGAUAGUACAAGAACUCGUGUGCCUUUAUAUAUGUAUAUAACCUUUGAUUCUCGAUCUAUUUUGUAAUCACGUCCGCGCAGUGCUCCGGCCAGUGCAGUUCGCACAACUCCACGUGACGCUAAUCCGAGGCGCGACGAGACCCGCACGGAGGCGAAAUCCGCAUGCAGCGUACCUGAAAUUGGAGCAGUCCCACGCCGAAGCUGAAAAUCAAACCUUCCCGCUCUCCUACCGGUUUAGCGUCCCCCGCGCCAAUCGGCGAGAAUAACUGACCGCGCAAGUUUUCGGAUUUCAAGCAUACGCCCCAAUAAUUGCUGUCGCCCGCAUAACCAGAACCUGAAAGACAUCCGAACCCGGACCAGGCCCACCACAACUGCAUUCGCUCGCAGCCAUGAGGGACUCAAAAUCGGAAAAGUCGCCGUUCAUCAGCGGGCAGCCGGCCCCAGUGACGCUGAAUCCUUCGUGGGAGUCCAAACUGCCGCCCCAUGACUCCUCCAAUGGCAAGGGAUCCGUUGCUGGGUCGGCGAUAGCCAAGCUCGGCCGGCUGGAGCCAAAGGACAAGUUUCUCAUCGUGUUUUUCAUCUUCAUGCUGCAUGGCCUGGGUACGCUGAUGCCAUGGAACAUGUUCAUCACCGCCAAGUCCUACUUCGAGGACUUCAAGUUCGGUGCCAACAACACGGUGCCCACGGAGAUUAACUAUCGGACCAACUUCAUGCAGAACAUGGGCUUUGCCUCGCAGAUUCCCAACGUGCUGUUCAACUGGCUGAACAUCUUCGUCAACUUCGGCGGGGACCUGACCAGCCGGAUUGUGUACAGCAUCAUCAUCGAGAUGGUCAUCCUGCUGGUGACAAUUGUCCUGGCCAUGCUGGACUCGUCCGAGUGGCCCGGCACCUUCUUCUGGAUCACCAUGGUUUGCAUUGUCCUACUCAACAUUUGCAACGGCAUCUAUCAGAACACCAUCUACGGCAUUGUGGCCUCGCUGCCGAUUAAGUACACCGGUGCCGUGGUGCUCGGUUCGAACAUCUGCGGCUGCUUCACCACCCUGAUGUCCAUUCUGUGCGCCUUGAUAUUCGACUCCAAGCGCACCGCUGCCAUCUACUACUUUGUGACGGCCAUCCUGGUGCUACUGCUCUGUUUUGAUUCCUACUUCGCUCUGCCGCUGAACAAGUUCUUCCGGCACUACGAAAGCAUUAGCCGGAGCAGCGAGAAGAAGACGGACUCAAAGCAGCAGCUAAAUGUGCCUUAUUGGGCGAUCUUCAAGAAGGCCUCGCCGCAGCUGUUCAACAUCUUCUUCACGUUCUUUGUAUCGCUGUCCGUGUUCCCAGCCAUCCAGUCCAGUGUGCACCGUUCGGAUCCCGACUUCAUCGUCAGCGAUAACUACUACGUGUUGAUCACGUGCUUCCUAACGUUCAACGUGUGUGCGAUGCUGGGUAGCCUGACCACAUCCUGGAUACAAUGGCCUGGUCCGCGGUUCCUUUGGGUGCCCGUGGUGCUGCGCGUGGUGUUCAUCCCCCUGUUCGUGUUCUGCAACUACGCCCCACCGGACACCAUUCGCUCCUUGGCGGUGUACAUUGACAACGAUUGGAUUUACUGGGGCAUCGGCAUUCUGAUGGCCUACAGCUCCGGAUAUCUCAGCUCCCUGGGCAUGAUGUAUGCCCCGCAGACCGUUCAUACCAAGUACCAGACGACGGCUGGUAUGUACGCAGCUGCCAUGCUGAUUACGGGCAUUUUUUCCGGCGUGAUGUUCUCGUAUCUGGGGCCCUGGUUUGUGGUAUAGUCCGCUUGCAGCAUGACACACUUGGACACGUAUCACCAGUACUGGAGUUCCAAGAAAGGGGACUACUAUUCCCAUUUUUCAUUGUUCAUUAUCCGACAUUAAUACACUUUGAAUUUAUAUUUUAUUGGUUUCGUUUUAACCAAUCAUUUCUGACUCACGUUUCAUUUAAUAAAGUUUUCAAUUCUUAUUUUAA